AAACACACCUCACACUCUAUAGCAUGAAACUUGCUCCAACUCAUAUUUCUUCUCCUUCUUCUUCUCAAACCUAAGCUUUCGCAACUUAAAUCUACACGAAUCUCAUAUCCAUCGAAGCUUCCCUUCUGAAAAAAAAAUGUCAAACAAAAAGCUAAAGAUAGCAAUGUAUCCAUGGUUUGCAAUGGGCCAUCUCACAACAUUCCUUCACAUCUCCAAUAAACUUGCCCAAAAAGGCCACCAAAUCUUCUUCAUUCUCCCUCCCAAAACUCAAUCCAAGCUCAUCCAGUUUAAUCUCCACCCCGACCUCAUCAAAUUCAUCCCCGUCACCAUUCCUCACGUCGAAGGCCUCCCUCCGGGGACCGAGACCACAGCCGAUGUCAUCUUCCCUAUGCAAUCUCUCCUCCACCACGCCAUGGACCUCACCGAGCCCACCAUCAAGGCCCUCCUCCUUGAGAUCCAGCCCGAAAUCAUCUUCUUCGACUACUCCUACUGGCUCCCGGCGCUGGCCCGGAGCUUUGGCAUCAAGUCGGUGCACUACUGCAUCAUCAGCCCCGCCGCCGUGGCUUACCUCUUCCGCCAGGAGCCUAACGCCGAGGGUUUCACCCGGCCGCCGCCCGGGUUCCCUCCCUCGUCCGUGAUCCGGCUCCACCCGCACGAGGCGCGCGCUGUGGACGCCAUCAACAACAUGGCGAAGUUCGGAACCCCGAUGAAGUUCGUGGAGCGCGUGAUCAUGGCGGCGGAGGAGUGCGACGCCAUGGGGUUCAAAUCUUGUCGAGAGAUGGAGGGGUUGUAUCAUGAUUUUCUUGAGAAAAGAUUUAAAAAACCGGUUCUUUUAGCCGGUCCGGUUUUGCCCGAACCGCCCACUUCGGGUUUGGAAGACCGCUGGGUCAAAUGGUUGGACCACUUUGAGCCGAAAUCGGUGAUUUAUUGUGCUUUUGGGAGUGAGGCUAGGUUGAAACCGGAGUUAUUUCAGGAGUUGUUACUGGGAUUCGAACUGACAGGCCUUCCGUUUUUGGCGUCAUUGAAGGCGCCUAUUGGGGCCGACACGGUGGAGAAGGCACUUCCCGAGGGUUUUUCGACUAGGACGGAAAAUAGAGGAGUUGUGGAGGGGGGUUGGGUUCAACAACAGUUGAUCCUGUCUCAUCCCGCGGUGGGGUGCUUCGUUACACACUGCGGGUGGGGGUCUAUAUCCGAGGCGUUGGUGAACGAGUGUCAACUAGUGUUGAUGCCGAAUGUCGGCGAUCAAUGGAUCAAUGCAAGGUUGAUGGGAGGAGAUUUGAGAGUUGGGGUGGAGGUGGAGAAGGGAGAUGAAGAUGGAUUGUUUACUAGAGAUUGUGUGGUGAAGGCAAUCAAUUUGGUGUUGGAUGAGGAGAGUGAGAUUGGAAGGGAAAUUAGGGAAAAUCAUGGUAAGUGGAGAGAAUUCAUGUUAAGGAAAGGGCUUGAGGAUUCUUACAUUGAUGAAUUUGAUCAUAAAUUGCACAACCUUUUGGAAUAUCAGACCACUCUUGAUUCCACAAAAUUCUGCUUCGACAUUAGGGAGUGCAACAACCUUCUUCUUCUUGCUUCUCCAAGUUACAAGAAAAAAAGGAACAAUAGAAAAAAAAUGUUAAACAAAAAUCUUAAGAUCGCAAUGUACCCGUGGUUUGCAAUGGGCCAUCUCACAACAUUCCUUCACAUCUCCAACAAACUUGCACAAAAAGGCCACCAAAUCUUCUUUAUUCUCCCUCCCAAAACUCAAUCCAAACUUAUCCAACUCAAUCUCCACCCCGACCUCAUCAAAUUCAUCCCCAUCGCCAUUCCUCACGUCGAAGGCCUCCCCCCUGGGACCGAGACCACCGCUGACGUCAUCUUCCCCAUGUACUCUCUCCUCCGCCACGCCAUGGACCUCACUGAGCCCACCGUCAAGGCCCUCCUCCUCGAGAUCCAGCCCGACCUUGUCUUCUUCGACUUCACCCACUGGCUGCCGCUGUUGGCCCGGAGCUUGGGCAUCAAGUCGGUGCACUACUGCACCAUCAGCCCCGCCGCCGUGGCCUACCUCUUCCGCCAGGAGCCUAACGCCGAGGGUUUCACCCAACCUCCUCUGGGGUUCCCUCCCUCGUCGGCGAUAAGGCUCCACCUGGAUGAGGCGCGCGCCGUGGACGCCAUCAACAACAUGGCGGAGUUCGGAAGCACGAUGAAGUACGUGGAGCGAGUGAUCAUGGCGUCGGAGGAGUGCGACGCCAUGGGGUUCAAAUCUUGUAGGGAGAUGGAGGGGUUGUAUCAUGAUUUUCUUGAGAUGAAAUUUAAAAGACCGGUUCUUCUAGCCGGGCCGGUUCUUCCCGAACCGCCCACUUCAAGUUUAGAUGACCGUUGGGUCAAAUGGUUGAACCGGUUCGGGCCAAAAUCAGUGAUUUAUUGUGCUUUUGGGAGUGAGGCUAGGUUAAAACCGGAGCUAUUUCAGGAGUUGUUACUGGGAUUCGAACAGACAGGCCUUCCGUUUUUGGCGGCCCUGAAGCCGCCGAUGGGGGCUGAGACGGUGGAGGAGGCGCUUCCCCAGGGUUUUACGACUAGGACGGAAAAUAGAGGAGUUGUGGAUGGUGGUUGGGUUCAACAACAAUUGAUCUUGUCUCAUACCGCGGUAGGGUGCUUCGUUACACACUGCGGGUGGGGGUCGAUAUCCGAGGCGUUGGUGAACGAGUGUCAACUAGUGCUGAUGCCGAAUGUCGGCGAUCAAUGGAUCAAUGCAAGGUUGUUGGGAGGAGAUUUGAGAGUUGGGGUGGAGGUGGAGAAGGGAGAUGAAGAUGGAUUGUUUACUAGAGAUGGUGUAGUGAAGGCAGUCAAGUUGGUGAUGGAUAGGGAGAGUCAAAUUGGAAAGGAAAUUAGGGAAAAUCAUAGUAAAUGGAGAGAAUUCAUGUUAAGGAAAGGGCUUGAGGAUUCUUACAUUGAUGAAUUUGAUCAGAAGUUGCAUCACCUUUUGGAGUAGCUAUAUACCAAGCUAU